AUGGUCGUCUACCCGCCAUACACACCGACAACUGUCGUGCAAGGCAGACGGACCCGAUGGUGGGCUGUCGUCCUGCACUUCGUCCCGAUCGCCUGCACGGUGAUCCUCGCCUACAUCAACUUCGCCCAGCUCUACUGGUUCCCGCUCACCGGCAUCGACGGCCGUGACCGCGGCUCCUACAUCGGCUCUUACAACACGCCCGUCAACGGCGUCCUCAACUCCCUCCAGCUCGCCGCCAAGCUCUUCGAAAUCUCCGUCGUCGCGUCCCUCGGCACCCUGAUCCUCGACAUCUUCAAAUGGCACUUUGCGCACCAGGGGCUUCCCUUCUCCCUCCUGACGGGGGCCUACAGGGUCUUCGAUGUCAUGUACAUUCUCCGUCCGCGGUUCUGGUCGGCAGCUCCCCGUGCUGUCUGGCUGUCGGCCCUGCUCUUCCUCUGCGUUCUUCUCUGCGCGCUCGUCGGUCCCGCCUCUGCCAUCCUCGUCAUCCCCAAGCUGGGAUGGUACUCUCUGCCCGGCGCGUUCUCGAAUAUGUACAUGCCCGUGUUUGUUGGGAAGCAGGAGGCUGUGUAUCCCACCAGCCUCAACGCAUCGCUGUUUGACGAUGCGGCUCUCGGGUUCUGCAGGGGCCAGCUGGGCAGCUACACGAGCAACUGUCCCGCCGCGGGCCUGUCGACCAUCUAUGACUGGGAGUUCGGGUGGACGUCGCGAGAUCUUCCCAACAAUGUCACGUUUGGAGACUCGUCUGGCACUGUGAGCCGUCGGCUGGACAUGUGGUCCAACGGGCUGAACGGCACUCUCUUCACCAGCCCGACCGCCCUGUCUGUUGGAACAUUGGGUGUUCUGAACAACUACAUCGCCGCCGAGAAUGUCGGAUCCAUCUCCCAGACAAAGGACUACAAGAUCCAGGUGACGGCCAAGUCGCAGUCCUUCCAGCCGCUGAUCCAGGCCAAGUGCAACAUCUAUAACCGCAACGACUAUGCCCAGGUUGCCGACAUCCCGCUCAUGUCAUUCCCGAAUACCUUCAACUGCUUCACCAGCGACUCCACAGACCGAUGCCAGCGUAUCCGAACCGAGCUCGGCCAGCUGGUCAUCCCAAGCGUGGUCUGGGACAGGGACGACAUCGACACGCUCUUCAACGUCGUCGGCGGCAAGACAGUUCAGAACGCCGACCUGUCCUUCCUCGUCUUCACAGCCAGACUCCCGUACGUCCACGAGGGCAAGCCCAGCAAGAGGAUCGCAACAUGCAGCUACGUAGCCCACUGGCUCCCUGCUACCCUCAUGGUCGACCCGAGCAACAACAUCAGGACCGAGUCCAACGUCACGGACCUCAGCAUCUUCUCCGGUACCGAGCUCCGCAACGCCAGUAGCUCGCGCGCCGCCGUCGGGUCCUACAUCAACAUCGAGAAGACGUGGCUGCCGUUCCUGGACCUCAAGGCCGCGCCGUCCAGCAACGGGAAGAACUACACGGCGUUCGACAACAUGGCCUACCUCCUCAACCCGAUGGUCGGGAUGGGGCUGACCCCCGACCACCAGAUCUUCGCGCCGGGCAGCUCGAGCAAGUCGACCAAGGACGGCGACAGGCUGGUGCAGCUGGCGAUUGAGAAGCUGACCGGCACGAUCGUCACGGACGCCAUCGCGAGGACGGGCGCGUCCAUCAGCGCGGCUGUUGCGCGGCCGGGGAAGAGUCCUAGCGUGAAGAGCAUCAUCGUGACGAAUCUGAAGAAUAUCCAGGGCCAGGCCAAGGACGGGACCGAGUUCUUUGCGAACGGUACUUCCACAGGGAGCAUGCAGUGGCCGGCGGGGGUGACGACCCUCGACGGGCUUGUGGAUUCGUGGAAGAACGAGUAUCAGACCAUGUACCUCGAGGCGGAGAGGUUCGGGUACGGGUACGGGAAGUCGGGCGCGGCCAUGAUCUUCGCCAUGGUCGUCCUGUUCCUGUACGCCAUCACGGUGCUGGCCUAUGUCGUCGGUCUGAUCAUCACGCGGAUGGACAUGGUCUCGGGCCUCUACGACAUGGAGGACAUGGUCGCUCUCGCGUGGAAAUCGGCCUCGCCGGCUGCGGUGAUGACGCUGGGCUACAAGUCGCUCAGUCCGUCGCUGGCGAACGACCUCGUCGCCAUGAGGUCGACGAUGAAUAGAGAGGUGACGAUGGCGUUGGAGAACGAGGAUCAUGAAGGGAAUGUGUUCAUGCUCGGGAAGGAUGAGGAAUAUUUCUAG